AUGGCGGGUGUAAAUCAGUUGCCUGUCUCAGUUGCCGCCGACGGCGUGCAUGGUCGCAAACGCAAUAUGGCCAUUGCGGGGAUCGACAGUUCCCCGGGAAGUAUUGAGGAUAUGGAUGAUAAUGACGCGCGCGACGAGAAGAGACGUCAGCCGGUGAAGCGCGCUUGCAAUGAAUGUCGACAACAGAAACUUCGAUGCGAUGUUAUUCAAGACCCAUGGGCCGAUUGCUCGAGGUGCCGUCGGCUGAGGCUCGAUUGUAAAAUCGAGUCUAAUUUCAAACGGGUUGGAAAGCGCAGCCGCAAUGCGGAAAUGGAGAGGGAAAUAAUGGAGCUCAGGAAGCAGAUUGCUUCUGGCCAACCUGUCACCGGAGUGUCACAGCAACGAGCAUUGACUGCAGGACAAUUGACACCUAAGCAAGAAUCGAAUCAAGUCAGUCCUGCAGUCUAUCAAACCCCAUCAGCUAUGUCCGCAGAUCAAUACAUGGGAUCUCAAGAAGCUGUUGCGUCCCUCCUGGAUCUUCGUUCGGGCUUCGAUGGUACCAACUUCAUGAGGAACGGUGGACAAAUCAGACGAAUUGAGGACGUUAUGGUUGUUCCCGAAAAAGUGACAGAACUGUUUGAUAUAUUCUUCACGUACUACCACCCUUUUCUUCCUUUUCUGGACCGAAAUCAGACUCCCGAGGAGUAUCAUAACUCCUCUUCAUUGCUUUUCUGGACAAUACUUAGUGUUGGUGCGCGGCGCUAUCAAGGCGAUUCGAAUUUGUUGAAUUCUCUCGCUGGUCCUGUCAGCCGGCUGGUCUGGAGCACUCUCGCAGAUAUCCCUCAAAGCUACCAUGUUGUGAAGGCUCUCGCUCUACUAUGCUCAUGGCCGUUCCCUACAAGCAGCACCUCAACAGAUCCAACCUUCAUGCUAUGUGGAAUGAUGGUACAGGUUGCUAUGCAGCUUGGUCUCCACCGGCCUUCUCACACUCAGGACUUUAGUAAAUUCCGAGUGGAAUUGAUCGAGGAAGAAUUGAGAGAUAAGGUGCGAACUUGGGCGAUUUGCAAUAUUGUUGCUCAAAGAGUUUCCACCGGCUACGGACAGCCAUCAUCUACUCUUUACGACUGGACAUUGUCCUCGAGCGAUUCGCUAGACCCGAACUUCAAACUUCCUGACGAUAUAAGGCCAAGAUUGGAGAUCGAAAAGUUUUGUGACAGGGUCACCCGAGCGCUUUAUACAAAUCGACGCGAUCCUGUGGGAUUAACCAGCGACCAUGAACGCUCAACAUUGAUUGCAUUUCUAUCGCGAGACUUUGAGGAGUUGGAAGAACAACUCCAACCGCAGAAUGACUGUAUUACUGACUUGUUCCUCCGUGCUGCUAACCUUCAUUUGCACCUUUCGGCAUUCUUUGACGAGCCAACCACUAAGAAUUACCGCGAACGCGUCUUAGCUUUGUAUGUCGCAACGACAUCAUUCCUCGAAGUUGUCCUCAACCUCGAGACCGAGGUUGGCCCAGUCCUCUCUUACACCCCAUACUACGUCUACCAGAUGAUGGUUGCCGCUGGUUGCACUCUUCUGAAGCUGUGCAAGAGCUUCUUCGCCUCUCACAUAGACAUGGAAUACACCAAGAAUCUAUUCAACCGUACAAUCUGGGCCAUCCGGGGGUGUCAGCGUCCAGCAAUGACCUACCCGAACGGCUUGCUGAACAACAGUACCGAUGUUGACGACUCCCUGCGACUCAAAGUACGCUGCCGAAUGAGCAUGUCCCUACUUUUCGACUCUGUGUGGCGCUGGCGGGAGGAUGCCAGGACUAAGGGCCGGAACAUCGAAGCCUAUCUGAAAAAUCCAACAAAUCCUGACUCAGGAGCCGAUUCUUCGGCUACUUCAUCUAUCGGGCCUGUACACACAUCUACAAUAACACCCGGAAUCUCUGGGAAUGACCCAAGCCUUGCCCCGGCACCCAUGUUAUCCCAGGCUAGUCUUGGGAUCCAACCACCCACAACUCAACCUACCGGACUUCCAAGUGGUUUCAUUGAACCUAAUUACGAAGUCUUUGAUCCAUUGAACUGGUUGCUUGACGGUUUGGUAGACUUGCCUUAUUCAUACUCCACAAUGGGUGGCUUAGAAUCCCAGGGCAUUGCAUAG